CUUUUGCUGUACAUGUAGUUCCUGAAGGUGCAGAAGAUGAGACCGAGCUACCAGUGCUGCAGAAGACUGAGAAAAGUGGAACAAUCAGUAAAAUAAGCAGAGAAUUAAAAGAAAUUGUAUUUAUCAUCCAGAGUCAAAGUAAUUCUUUUCAUUCCAAGAGAGCAGAAGAUCUAAAAAGAGAUAUUUUAAAACAGGCUGCAGAUCUUGGAAAGGAAUUACCUACAGUUCUGCUUAUUCAUCAGAUGGACGGGCAUGAAGGUGCAUGGACAAUAUUACCGUUAAUGAGAGACUUCUCUGUUACCUAUGGUAGGAACUCCUCAUGGAUAUUCUUCUGUGAAGAAGAUACAAGAAUACAAGUUGUAAAGCUGCUAGAAACACUUGGAAGAUUUGAUGGGUCUAAGGAGUGGUUUUUAGGUAAAGCAUUAUAUGAUGAAGAAUCUACAAUAAUUCACCAUUAUGCCUUUGCUGAAAAUCCUACAAUCUUUAAAUUUCCAGAUUUUGCUGCUGGUUGGGCACUUAGCAUUCCACUUGUUAACAAGCUUGCAAAGAAGUUGAAAAGUGAACCACUCAAGUCAGACUUUACAAUAGAUUUAAAGCAUGAGAUUGCCCUAUAUAUUUGGCAGAAAGGGGAAGGACCGCAUCUUACUCCAGUGCCUGAGUUCUGCACAGAUGAUGUGAACUCGUAUAAUGUUGAUCAUUGUGCAACAACAUUCAGUAAUUUUCUUCCACUUUGCGGAGAGCCAGUGAAAAAGGAAGAUGUUUUUGUUGCUGUAAAAACAUGUCGGAAAUUUCAUGGUGACAGAAUCCCAGUUGUAAAGCAGACUUGGGAAAGAGAAGCUGCCCUUAUUGAAUACUACAGUGAUUAUGCAGACAUCUCCAUUCCUACUAUAGAUUUAGGCGUACCUAAUACUGAUAGAGGUCACUGUGGGAAAACUUUUGCCAUUUUGGAAAGGUUUUUGAAUCAUAGCUCUCCCAGAACUCCUUGGUUAGUCAUAGUGGAUGAUGACACACUGAUAAGUAUCUUCAGACUCCGAAGAUUGCUCAGUUGCUAUGACCCAAAUGAACCAGUGUUUCUUGGAGAACGUUACGGUUACGGCUUGGGAACAGGAGGAUAUAGUUAUAUCACUGGCGGAGGAGGGAUGGUUUUCAGCAGAAUAGCUGUUCAGAAACUACUUGCUAGUAAAUGCCGGUGUUACAGCAUGGAUGCGCCUGAUGAUAUGGUCCUUGGGAUGUGUUUCAGUGGCUUAGGAAUCCCUAUAACACAUAGUCCACUUUUCCAUCAGGCAAGGCCAAUGGACUACCCAAAAGGCUACCUUUCUCACCAAAUUCCAGUAUCAUUUCACAAGCAUUGGAACAUUGAUCCAGUGAAGGUAUAUUUCACAUGGCUGGCACCAAACACAGAAGAGUCACUAAAUGGAAAGAAAGUUGGAUAUCACAGAGAGGAUUUAUAAGCAGUAGAAUGUAAGUGUUGAUUAAUGUACUACAGAUGAGAGGCAGUCACUACUGUGAUUUUUGUGGUGUU